GUGUUCACCUUUUCUAGAGCACAGGAGCGACCAAGCCAGCAGAAUUAGGGCUUAGCAUUGAAUUGCUUCCCUCCCUCCCCUACUUGCUGAAUUCUUUCUGUGUCUUUGUCCUGCCGCAGGUUCUAGCCGUCUUUGGGCACUUCUCAUGCUGCCUCUAGAUUCCGUGCGUGCGUGCGGUAUCCCUGGUGUUGCUGGAGGGUCCACUUCCCUGCACACUGCGGGAUUGUUCUUCCUCCCCUAGGUAUUGACAAUUUUGAAAUUCAUAACAGCCAUUCAUCAAUAUGAAGUUAGAGCGCGGUGGCUGAAACUCGAGGAACCAUCGACUCGUCGGCGGUGAGCCUCUCAGGAAGCUAAACCUAGCUUUGGCUAUGGUGCGUUAGGGUUUAAAUACUUCGCAGCUUGUUUCUGCACUUCAUUUCGUGUUUUUUUUGGCGGUCGUGAGGACUUCGAUCUUCAAGAAGCUCUGUUGGAGUUUUUGCCACGAGAGAUCUUCUAGCUAUGACAGGGGACAGGAAGAAGGAGCCACGUACUCGCAUUCAGGUAGUAGUAGUUGGGGAUGCUGGAGUCGGAAAAUCUAGCAUGAUUUUGGCAAUUGCCACGGAUUCGUUUGCGGAAGGCGUCCCGCAUGUACUGCCGCCUACACGCCUGCCUACCGAUUUCUAUCCUGACUGCGUGCCCUUAAGUAUCUAUGAUUCCUCUUCAAGGCCGGAAGACAAGUCAAAGCUGGACAUGGAGCUCAAAAAAGCUGACGUCGUAGUACUGACAUAUGCAUGCGAUCAACCAGAAACACUUACACGUUUGUCUAGCUAUUGGCUUCCAGAACUUCGACGUCUAAAGCUUAAUUUGCCAGUUAUAGUAGUUGGAUGUAAGCUAGAUCUCCGUGAUGUUUGCCAACCAAGCUUAGAAGAAAUGAUGGCGCCUUUGAUGCAAAAGUUCCGGGAGAUUGAAACUUGUAUAGAGUGCUCAGCCGCAAAACAAAUACAGGUAGCCGAAGUGUUUUAUUACGCUCAGAAAGCUGUAUUAUAUCCAACAGCUCCACUCCUCGACCAAGAAACCCAAACCUUGAAACCACGAUGUGCGCGAGCUCUCAAGAGAAUUUUCAUCUUGUGUGAUCGUGAUCGGGAUGGAUCCUUGAGUGAUGCGGAGUUGAAUGAUUUUCAGGUCAAGUGCUUCAAUGCGCCUCUACAGCCUCCCGAAAUAGUAGGAGUGAAGAAAGUGGUCUCGGAGAAGUUAGCAGAGGGUGUGAAUGAGAAUGGGUUGACUUUGACUGGGUUUCUAUAUCUCCAUGCUUUAUUCAUCGAAAGGGGUCGGCUAGAGACAACUUGGACAGUGCUCAAAAAGUUUGGCUACAAUGAGGAAAUUUGCUUACGAGACGAUGUGCUUUCAAGUCCUUCAUACAAGCGAUCACCUGACCAGAGUAUCGAAUUAACAGAAAAGGCAUUAGACUACUUGAAAGGAGUAUUCACGGCUUUUGACAAGGAUGGGGAUGGAGCAUUGCGACCAGCCGAAUUAGAAGAUAUUUUUUCAACAGCUCCAUCGAACCCCUGGGACAGCCCUAUGUAUAAGGAUACUAUGGAAACUAAUUCAGUUGGAGGCAUUACUUUGAAUGGUUUUAUUUCACAGUGGGAAUUGAUGACCUUGCUGGAACCUCAGAAAAGCUCAGCUUCUCUUGUCUAUUUGGGGUAUCCCGGGGACACAUUAACAGCAUUUCAACUCACUCGACGCAGGAAAUACGAUCAGAAAAAGCAACGAUUACAACGAGGGGUCAUUCAGUGCUUUGUUUUUGGUCCUAGGAAAUCUGGAAAAUCUGCUAUUUUGGAUGCCUUGAUUGGCAGACCAUAUAUUGACUCGUAUGAGCCGACCAAAGGUGAUCGCUGUGCUGUCAACAAAAUUGGAAUAGCUGGGGGUACGACCAAGACUUUAGUAAUGAGAGAGAUAAGCGAAGACUCAGUUUCUGCAUUCUUGGAGAAUAAGGAAGCAUUGGCCCCUUGUAAUGUUGCAGCUUUUGUAUACGACAGCUCUAGUGAGGAGUCAUUGAAGCGAGCUGCUGAAUUACUAGAGCAGGUAGCAGUUCAUGGAGAAUGCUUUGGUUACGAAGUUCCAUGCGUACUCAUUGCAGCUAAGGAUGAUGAGGAAUCCAACCCUUCUUGCAUAACGAACUCUGCUCGGAUCUGCACUACAAUGGGGUUGGAAACACCUAUUCCUGUAAGUUUAAAACUCGGAGACAAUAACAACUUAUUUCGAAGGAUUGUUGAGGCCGCUCAGCGUCCCCAUUUGAGCAUUCCAGAAACAGAAGUAGGGAAGAGUACUAAACAACAUCGACAUCAGAUCCAACGUUCAGUUGGUUUUGCUAUUUUGGGCGCAACAUUAAUUGUUGGGGGAAUUACGUUGUAUCGGUUUUACAACAUGAGGAAGCUUCAGUCAAGCAGUUGAAGAUCAUUUUCUCCUCUUUUUUGCUCACUUUAGGUGAUCGUAUGAGCUUCAGCCAAGUAAAGAAAUUGAAUAAUUUUUAGUUGGCCAUAUUUGUUCAAGGACUACACUCCCAAGCUGUUUAUCACCUAAUUGGUGUGUUCCAAAACUUGUUUGAUGUAUUCAGGAGCCUUAUCAUGGCGUAUCUUUGUAACAUGGUUUUGUGUUAAAUUUGUA